UCCGCAAGAAUUUCAGGGCUUACGUACAGAAGAGGUGUGUUGCUCUCUGAUGAGAACAGAGUCGGCUGGGAGGGGAAGCCUCUCCGGUUGCUCCUCAUAGGCGAGGAACAUCGUGUGCAGCCUGCCGCUUUGGGAAGAAUGUUCCAGGCAUUUAAAGAAUGGUUCUGGUCGGAGAAAUUCUGGCUUCCUCCGACAAUAAAGUGGUCAGAUCUCGAAGACCAUGAUGGGCUUAUCUUUGUUAAAGCUUCGCAUUUGUACAUGACAAUUCCAUAUGCCCUUCUCUUGAUGAUCGUCAGAUACUUCUUUGAAAAGUUUGUUGCUACACCUCUAGCAAAUGCAUUUGGCAUUCAAAAGACAGUGCAUAAAAUUAAGCCAAAUGCCAUCUUAGAGAAUUUUUUCAAGCAUUCCACAAGUCAACCAUCACAUACUGAUGUUUAUGGACUGGCAAAGAAGUGUAACUUGGCAGAACGCCAGGUUGAGAGAUGGUUUAGGAGUCGGCGGAAUCAAGACAGGCCUUGCAGGAUGAAGAAAUUCCAGGAGUCUUGCUGGCGAUUUACAUUUUACUUAAUGAUAACUGUGGCUGGAGUUGCAUUUCUUUAUGAUAAACCAUGGGCUUAUGACCUCUGGGAGGUUUGGCAUGACUAUCCCAAGCAGCCUCUGCUGCCAUCCCAGUACUGGUACUACAUUUUGGAGAUGAGUUUUUAUUGGUCACUGCUGUUUAGCCUGGGUUAUGAUAUCAAGAGGAAGGAUUUCCUUGCUCAUGUCAUCCACCACCUGGCUGCCAUUAGUCUGAUGAGCUUCUCCUGGUGUGCUAAUUAUAUCCGCAGUGGGACCCUCGUGAUGCUUGUGCACGAUGUGUCUGACAUUUGGCUGGAGUCUGCUAAGAUGUUUUCUUAUGCUGGAUGGAAGCAGACCUGCAAUACCCUGUUUCUCAUCUUCUCUGUCGUGUUCUUCAUCAGCCGAUUCAUUAUUUUCCCAUUCUGGAUUUUGUACUGCACCCUGAUUCUGCCUCUGUACUACCUCGAACCCUUCUUCUCAUACAUCUUCCUCAACUUCCAACUCAUGGUCCUGCAGGGCCUUCACCUUUACUGGGGUUAUUUCAUAAUGAAGAUGCUCAAUAGAUGCAUAUUCAUGAAGAACAUUCAGGAUGUGAGAAGUGAUGAUGAAGAAGAAGAGGAGGAAGAAGAGGAAGAAGAAGAAGACGAGGAGGGCACCAAAGGCAAAGGGACAGAUUACCUGAAGAAUGGCCUUGGGACCACCAAGCAUCUCAUUCCCAAUGGUCAGCACAGCAGCUAGCUUGAAGCUCUGGACUCCCAUGGCACAGUGUGCUGCCAGGCUAUUGGGUAGCUUACUCCCCAACAUACAGAGACCCCAGUUUGCCGUUUAUUUUAUUUUAUUUAAAUUGGGUCUCCUAUGUUACCCAAGCUGGCCUCCAACUCAAUCGUCCCGCCUUGUGAUAAAAUGUUCAAAAGUGGAAUAUCCACGGGUUUCCCCACAGUUAGACUCAGGCUGGCCGGGGAGGGGGGUCUGAGGUUUCUCCAGGCAGGUGUUAGUUUUUACUGUGUUCCCUCCUUAUAGAAUUUGAAGUCAUUGACUUUUUCAGGAACUCAUUUUGUCCGAAUUUUCUCACCUUCCCACCUUGCCCUUGUUCAGGGUGGUUUGACAAGUGCCCAGGAAACCCACUUUAUCCGGGUGUUCGGCCACAAUAGCACCUCAUCUUCCAAAAUUGUGUUUGAAGAGGCAAGAGGGCAGCAGCAGAAACACAGGGGAGGACAGGCUUCCAGGCCUUAUGGGCCACCUGGGGGCCUAGGCACUUGUCUCCAUGGUGCCUCUUGUCUCCAUGGUGCCUCUGCCCGCCUACUCUACUACCUCACAGGGUUGGAGUAAGGAUCAAAGGAAAUAUUAGAAGUAGGGUGCCAUAUCUUCUGCAGGUGUCAGUGGCCCUUAGGACCCCAGCUUUGACAAAAGAGAUAACCCUAGCUGAUGUUGGUAUGGAGUCCCCAUGUUAAAAAUGGUUCUUAGUGUGUAAGCUACCCAGAGAUGCCCAUGCACAGACAUCUGCUUCCAUUUGGAUUGGUAACUGUAUUGCUUAGAUGACCCCAGAGCCCACCUGGCAGGGCCCUGGAGCGUUGCUGGGAAGCUGCCCUGUGCUGUUGGCCCUGCGCCCCUUCCUCAAGCUUGAAGAGAUGCCAUGGGCUGUGAAAGUUGCUUGGGGGCCUCUGGGGAGAGUGGGAUCCAAGUGAGGUUGCUCACUGAGCCAUACCAUUCUGGAAGCCAGCCCCAGGGUGGCAUGUGUGGAAGCGCCAUACUCUGAAGGAAUUCUUGGGAGCAGAAAGUGGAAGCCAGGCUCUAGUCUUGGUAUCCAGCUCAUUCUGACUGCUGAGCAGUGAGCACCCAGCAGGCUGCCAGGCGCCUUGAGUAGUGAGGGUCCUUGAGUAGCGAGGGUCCUGUGCGCACUAAGUGGUCUGAGAGUUUCAGUUUUUAAUCUUAAAAGUGAUGUGUUUUUAAAACCUUCUGGCUAAGCGAAAACAAGCAAACAGAAACUCUUCAGAAUUCUGUUUCCAAAAAAAAGAAAGCUCUUGUUAAAGAUUUGUAGGCAAAACAGAAAAACAAGUCUCAAGUUAAUAAUACGUGUGUGUUUUUUGGUUUUUUGGUUUUUUAAAAUGUGUCCAGUUAACAAAGUAUUUUCCCUUGAUUUAUUUUGGGUUUCUUUCACUGCAGAACCUUUUCUUGCUUACAGUGAAAUAUUCUUUAUUGAUAUACCUUCAAACUUCUUUUUCUGCAUUUGACUGUGGAAGGUAAAACUGAUAUGUUAAUUUCAUAGCUCAAAGCACUAUAUACUUCAAAAGAGGUAGAGGUACACUCUAUUGCAGUAUUGGGGGCUCCUGUGGUAACCCCCUUUCCUAUAGCAAACAAUGGUUCAGAACUGUUCAAGGUGACUUUGUCAACUUCUAAGCCACAGUGACUUACAAUAAAAUGAAAACGAACCCCCA